GGCAAACGCGCCCGGCCGUUGCGGGCGCGUGGGUGCUGAGUUUGGCGCCAGCUGUGCCGCGCGCCCGACGGACCGGUAGUUGCGGGACCUCCCGCCUCGCCCGGGGCUGCGCGCAGCCGUGGCGGCCGCCGGAGACCGCAAGGGGCGGAGGAAAGGAGGGGGCCGGCCGCGGCACGCGGGGGAACAUCCGAGCAUGCUCGGAGACAACAUGGCCUCCCUGAUCCAGCGGAUCGCCCGUCAGGCGUGCCUCACCUUCCGGGGCAGCGGGGGCGGCCGCGGCGCUUCCGACCGCACCGCGGUCCCAGACCCCGAGGCGCCGGUGCCGCAGGGCUUCCCGGAGAACCUGAGCAAACUGAAGAGCCUUCUGACCCAGGUCCGCGCCGAGGACCUGAACAUCGUCCCGCGCAAGGCCACGCUGCAGCCCCUGCCGCCCAACCUGCCACCGGUUACCUACAUGCACAUUUACGAGACGGACGGCUUCAGCCUCGGCGUGUUCCUGCUCAAGAGCGGCACAUCCAUCCCGCUGCACGACCACCCGGGCAUGCACGGCAUGCUCAAGGUGCUCUACGGCACCGUUCGCAUCAGCUGCAUGGACAAGCUGGAGGCGGCAGGCGGGCAGCGGCCGCGGGCUCCACCGCCAGAGCAGCAGUUCGAGCCGCCGCUGCAGGCCCGGGAGCGGGACGCCGUGCGGCCCGGCGUGCUGCGCUCGCGGGCCGAGUACACCGAGGCCAGUGGCCCCUGUGUCCUUACGCCACACCGGGACAACCUGCACCAGAUCGACGCUGUGGACGGGCCCGCCGCCUUCCUGGACAUCCUGGCCCCGCCCUACGACCCCGACGACGGCCGGGACUGCCACUAUUACCGGGUGCUGGAGCCCGUCAGGGCCAAGGAGGCCUCCGGAUCGACCUGUGACCUUCCUCGAGAGGUGUGGCUCCUGGAGACCCCGCAGGCCGAUGACUUCUGGUGCGAGGGGGAACCUUAUCCAGGUCCCAAGGUCUUCCCUUGAAGCCGCAGGCACCCGGGAGUGGUAGGCCAAAGACGUGCCCAACUCAGUUCUGGACCUGGCAGCCAGCGACCCACCACAAGGGCUCUCCCAACCCCCAGGCCUGGGCAUUGGAUAUACUAGAGUAGGCUGUAGCUGCUGCUUCGAGAGCCUUGGGAAGCGCGGACGAAUGGGACCGCAGCCACUGGGCACGGUUAUGGGGGCGGGGUAGGCAGGGAGGCAAGGUUGUUUCCUGACUCUGUCACUGCCACCAGUGUUUUGAUUUGGGGGGAGGGGAGCAGGGGACUAUGUGAAGCGCUUCCAUCCUAAAGCCAUAAUGAAAAUGUUCUUCCCUCCGUUCCUCAUCCUAUACAAAAUACACUGAGAGGUUUUCUCAUCCCUCCCCCACCCCCUCCUUGGGUAAAUGGGGUUUGUUUUCCACUUACGUUCUUAUGCCCUUUUACUCCUUAUAGUUUUAACUUAUUGACUGUGCAUGACCCAGUGAUUUGAAUUGAUUAUAGUUCAAGUCAUUGGUAAAAACCCGACUUAAAGAGAUGAGCUGUUUAAAGUGAGCUGUCCUGCCUGAUUAAUUUGUUGUGCAAAUUAAAUCAUUUUUUCCAGAGUUAGGAGAUCAUCCCCAAAACAUAACUAUGCAUGUAGAGGACAAGAUUUAUUUUCUUUCCUUCCCUUGCCCGGUAGCCACAUCUGGUUUACUCCGGCAGCAUCUACUAAGAAAUUCACACCUGUGUAUCUCAGUGACAAAUAGUCACAUAGAGCUUAUCUUCCCCUUGAGUCUCCAGAUGUGUGAGUUGAGCCGAUUUCUCUUUGCAGAUUCGCCUUUAAUGCAAAAAAUAUAUUACCCUCAAGUGACUUUUUUUGUCUUACUGUACUUUAAGAGGUGGUAGGGUAAUUUUGUAUUGUCUAACCAGAAGAUUCAGAGGAGCUGAAUCAGUAUGCUUCCAAACACCUGAAUGUAAAACACCCCUAGCCAGCUGUUGAAUUCCAUGUCCCUAUUUACUUCUAGUAUUUUCCUGCAAAAGUAGAGAAAGUGUGGGUGACUGUUUCAAAUUCAGCUCUGAUGUUCCAGAGGGCUGGUGCUUUCAGCUGUGUUGUUGGUGGCAGUGUUCUCAGAACCCUCCCUCAAACAGGAGAGAGCCAGUGCUUCAUCUUUUCUGUAGGAAGAAAGAGAAGGCACUGGUCAUCAAGGCUGGGGAAUUGAGAAUUAACAAUACUGCUGGCCAGUUUAGAGCACCAAAACUUGGGACCAAACACUUCGCACUCCUCGUCUCCAAAUGAACAGUUGUGCUAUUUAUGACUAGUUUUAUUUUUGUCCUUUUAAUAAGCUGAGCAACUUGACCUUGUUUACAGAGGCAUUGACACCAUUUGCUUCAGGCCAUGGAGCACUAUUGUUUCCCUCUUUUUAUUAUUUACAAGAUUGCUUUUUUCACAAACUUUUAAUAAAAACAAACUGUAGAAAUAAACACAUUAAAAUUUGCCCAGCUGUUGUCUAAGCCCUCUUGAUUGACUUGCCCAUGUGGCAAUCGAGUUCUAAUAGCUGUACUAAAGGGAGAUUUGCUAUUGGCGGAAAGUGUCAACCUUGUAGGGAAACAGUAUGUGCCUUUGCCUCUUUAUGCACACUGGGUUUUAGAGGCCCAAAGUGAAGGAAUAUUUGUUCCCAAUUUUUAAAAGAGAAUUAAAAAGCAAAUUCUUGCUUUUUUUUUUCUCUCUUUACAAAAAUGAUGCUUAUUCAAUGUGUAAUGCCACUAUGUUAUAAAACCUGACAGGCGUAAUACCAAGCGUCUCCUAACAUUGGUUUAUGGUAGCUUCAUGUUCUGGUGUGGUAUAAUGUACCUUGGAGGCAGUUUUAAAGCAGACCUUCAUGCCAUUCAGUUUGGAAAUCAGUUCUAGAUAUGCAAAUGAUGAUUUUCUUAGAGAAGUGUUCACCAAAUGGGUUUUUUUCAUAGCACAGUAUAGGUAUCGAUCUCAUAUCUACCUGGUUUGAAUUAUUGUAGCAAAAAGUUGAUUAACUUAUAAAAAUUGUCAAUAGUGAUGUGUAUGUUAUAAUACAAUCUGGAGUACAUUAAACUAACCUAUAAAAACUCUGGCAAUAGGAGAGUAAUAAAGGAGGAAUUGUUUUCCCAAAUUUCAUUAUGAAAAGUUUUAAAGUUCUCAAGUACAAACAAGUUGAAUGAAAGAAACCAAGGUGCUUUUCAAAAGAAUAAGUGAAAUCGUUGCAGGCCAAAACAGCAAUAUGAUACCUCUAAUUUAGUUCAAUGAGAAUAGUGAAACUUUUGAUUCACUAACAAAUUCUGAAUAACUUAAUGGUGAACACAAAAUGUAUCUUGUUUUAGUGAGCCACUAAGGAAAGAAUAUUAACUACAAAGAUAAAUGUGGUGCAGAAAAACCUUACACCUUUCUGCAUAAACUUAAAUCAUGACUGUGCUGCUCUGUGUUUUCUUAUAUUCCUGCAAUAUAGAGUGUAUUUCAGUAACAACUGUGGGAAAAAGUUGUCUUCCCCUACAAAGGCUGAGCACAAUGAUACUAAUCACUUAAUUUUUCUGUUGAAUAACAAAUGCAAUAAUUGCCACUCAUGGGUGAAAAGUUGUCUAAUUACUUCUAAAGCCUUUUAAUUCUCUGGUUAUAUCAAAGGCCACUUAUAUCAAUGGAGAGUAUUGUGUACCUACCUACUAUUUUAUGAGAAUUGAAUUUUUACUAAGCCUGAUUUGCAUGGAUUGAGUUUAUACCAAUUGCUGUUUAUUAAUGAAAAUGGUGGGCCUAUUUUUAAAGUAAUAUGUGUUUGUCAACCGGAGUGGGUUCUCUGACCUUUUAACAUAGCCCUUAACUUCUCCCCAAAUCCACAACUUUCAUCCCCCCUUUUGCAUUGUCCCCUUGUAGGUGCCUCAGUCCUGGCAUCUCAGGACUCUGUCAUCACUCAUCUUGUGCUAUGGCUCUACUGCUCAAUGAAGAAGCAAUAUAUCUUUAAUUCAGGACUCUGCCCAGUGCUAUUCAACUCUAACCUGAGGGCAGUAACACUCAUGUAACUCCUGGUCUGAAUUCAGAACUUCAGGUUACAAGCAAGCUGACCACUGAUUGCUUCAGUGCAAUACGGCAUCUACUGUCAAGGAAAUCAUUUGUUAAACCCUAUUUAGUUACUGAAUCUUCAGGUCCAGGGAUGUUUACAUUUCUGGGUCCAAAUCAGUGUACUUAUGGAAAAUAAAGGCAUGUUUGAAAUUGUU